AUGGGUCAGCGCUCCAGCCCCAUCAGCGUCAUCCUGGUCAGCUCCGGCAGCCGCGGCAACAAGCUGCUCUUCCGCUUCCCCUUCCAGCGGGGGCCCGACAGCCCCGCCGCCCACACCGGGAAACCCAGAAGCCGGUACGCUGUGAACAGUGUGGGUGACAGUGUGGAAGACCAGGAUGGAGACUCCAGAGAGCCACGCCCGCUCCCCGAUGAGCAGGUGGUGUCAGGGUUUUCGGAUGUCAUCCUGGCUACCAUCCUGGCUACCAAGUCCGAUAUGUGUGGCAAAAAGUUCGAGCUGAAGAUUGACAACGUCCGCUUUGUGGGACACCCGACUCUGCUGCAGCACGCCUGUGGGCAGAUAUCCAAGACGGACCCCUCCCCAAAAAGGGAGAUGCCCACUAUGAUCCUCUUCAAUGUUGUGUUUGCCUUGAGGGCCACGGCGGAUUCCUCUGUGAUCAGCUGCCUCCACAACCUCUCCCGCCGCAUCGCCAUCGUUCUCCAGCAUGAAGAGCGCCGCUGCCAGUACCUCACCCGAGAGGCCAAACUCAUCCUGGCCAUCCAAGACGAGGUGUCCGCCAUGUUGGAAGCCACAGACGGUCCACAGUCCCCGUUCCUCCACAUCCUUCCCAAAUGCAAGCUGGCCAGAGACCUGAAGGAAGCCUAUGACAGCCUCUGCACGACCGGGGUGGUGCGGCUGCACAUCAACAACUGGCUGGAAGUGAGCUUCUGCCUGCCCCACAAAAUCCACAACGUCGCCUCCCGUUUCAUCCCCCCGGAAGCCAUUGAGAAGAGCCUGAAAGCCAUUCGGCCGUACCACGCCCUGCUGCUACUGAAGGAUGAGAAAAGCCUCCUGGCCGAGCUGCCCCUGGACUGCUCCCCGGCCCUGGUGCGAGUCGUCAGAACCACCUCCGCCGUCAAGAACCUUCAGCAACUGGCCCAGGACGCCGACCUCGCGCUGCUUCAGGUCUUCCAGCUGGCCGCUCACCUGGUGUACUGGGGCAAGGCCAUCGUUGUCUACCCGCUUUGCGAGAACAACGUCUACAUGCUCUCCCCCAAUGCCAGCGUUUGCCUUUAUUCCCCUUUGUCCGAUGAGUUUUCCUGCCAGUUUCCUGGUCACGACCUUCCUUCCGUCUUGUCCAAAUUCUCCUUGCCGGUUUCUUUGGCGGAAUUCAAGGACCCUCUGGCUCCGCCGGUGCAGGAGACGCAGCUGAUCCAGAUGGUGGUUUGGAUGCUGCAGCACCGACUCCUGGUCCAGCUGCACACGUACGCCUGCCUGAUGGUGCCCCCCAAGGAAGAGGAGGUCCGCCCCAAGACAGAGGAGGCGCCCUUUGCAGCAAGAGUCGGGGGCCGCAGCCUCAGCACCCCCAAUGCGCUCAGCUUUGGAUCGCCAACCAGCAGUGACGACCUCACCCUCACCAGCCCCAGCAUGGAGAAUUCCAGUGCGGAGCUGCUCCCCGGGGGGGACUCCCCCGUCAACAAGCGCAUGACGGAAAAUCUGUUGACGAGCCUCUCGGAGCACGAGCGGGAAGCCAUUCUUGGUGUCCCGGCAGCCCACAACCCCGAGGAUCUCCGCAUGUUUGCAAGGCUGCUGCACUACUUCCGAGGGCGGCACCACCUGGAGGAAAUCAUGUACAACGAGAACAUGCGCCGCUCUCACCUGCUCAUGCUCUUUGACAAGUUCCGCAGCGUGCUGGUGGUGACCAAUCACGAGGACCCCGUGAUCUCUGUCUUCCAGUCCCUCCAGAAGUGAGAAAGACCUGCAACUUUGGGGCUCCCCCCAGG